UGAAAUUCAAAAGAAUGAAUCUAGACUCUCUCUCCGACACAAGAUCACAGGGCCACGAUAUUCUCGUGAAUGCUAGUGGCUCUGGCCCCAGGUUUUUGACCGACAUACAAGAUCAGAAAAUGCAAUAUGUCCGAGGACAAACUGUACGCGUAAAGACCAGCUACGACAAAAUAUUCAUGCGGCACGGGAAGGACUACACCUAUGUUAUUCCUCGCCUCGACGGAACGGCAGUCCUCAGAGGUAUCGAGCAAGUAGGCAAAACGGAUACGUCACUUGAUAUGGAUAUUCAAAAAGACAUCGUGAGGCGUGUACAUAAGGACUUGCCAAAUAGCUUCCCACUGAAGCUGGCGGACUACGACGUCGUUGGCCACAACGUCGGCUUACGACCGUAUAGAGAGACGGGUGUGCGCAUCGAGAAAGAAAUUCUUAAUGGAGAGAAGGUUGUUCAUGCUUACGGUGUUGCCGGUGGUGGUUAUUUGUUCUCUUUCGGCCUAGCUAGGGCUGCAAGGGACUUGGUGGAUGAGUUCGUGUAUCAGUCGCCCUUAGCAAAGCUAUGAGAUUGUGUCUAGCGGACUUUUUGAGGCCUUCCCGAUAGCAGUCGCAAUUUUCGAGCACCCCCUAGAC